CGGACGGACAUACCCUUGCAUCACAACGCGGCAACAUUCGACUGUAGGUUGCCCUUCUGCCUCUACUGAUUGCUUGGUAACUUCCCUAAGCAGGAGCCAGAAGGUAUUCCGACAUUACUCGGGAGCAAUACUAACCUUACGACAUAGCAGGUCUCCAUUAAUCUCCGCCUUCCGGACGCGUCUCCCGGGGCAACGCCAUAUCGGGACCUUCUCCAUCACUGCUUCUUUUUACGUCUCAAUCAACCAUCUCUGCGGAUAUGACCUUAGUUCCACCAGUUCACGCGCUUCUUCCAAGCUUCCCAACUUUCGCUCUGGCCAAGACUUUACCUGUCAGUCGAUGACCGAGAAGAUGUGCAAGGUCAUCCAGUUCCAGUUUACUUGCCAUCAUUCCCUCAAGUUCCGCAAGUCGCGCUGUGGAGGCACCUAUCACAAACCAACCCGGUCAAGCAUCAAAGCGGCUUGUUGCGCUGAGGCAUAUAUUAUCCUUAAGGUGCCGCACAGCUGCGGAAAAUGUCAGCAAGAUGCAUGGACCUCGUCAUGGAAACGCAAGCUAGACAGAGCCACUAGUUUCCGGAACAGACUGAUGGAGAAAGGGUCGCCAGGAGCCGCAGAAAUAUCAAGCUUGGUGAGCGAGCUGGAGAACGAGUACGCGAAUGCUGCUUGGGAUGUCAGGCAGCACUUCCCGCCAGCCAACCAUAGGACGACGAUUGAGAGGGUGAAGUUCAAGGAGAAGGUAGAAGGCGAGGUGCCAAAACCGCCAAAGUCCCCAUUGAAACUAGAGAUUUACCCCGAGGACGUGGUGGUGAAAGAAACAAAGAGGAUGAAGACAGAAACAGAGGAUGCCGAUGAUGAUUAUGUCCGGAGUACCGACCCCAUGCACCCAAUUACGACGGAUUACUCCCAUCCGUUGGACAACCUCGACGAUAGCUGGGUCCUCGAAUAUCUCUCUUCUGAGGAUCUGGAGGCUUCUGCUGCCAUUGCUGACGGAUUUGACUUUGCGUCCGAUGGAUGGGACUGGGGCGGCAGUGCGAACGUGAACGGCACUGCGGACACUGAUGAUUGGAGCAGUCACGAACCGUCACAUGCAAACGGGUCGUCGGAGCUGACAGUUUGGGGACCGGAUGCAGAAGCUACCCCAUCAUCAGCAGUAAUCGGAAUGAACGGGCUCCAAACGAAAGAAGACGUGCGGAAAGCACAAAUCGAGGAAGCCAUCAAAGCUUUCUGGGAAGUCGUAAACACAGACACAAAGGACCAACAACCUCAACACCCAUCCACGCCAAUCAAGCAACCCCCGAAGUCUCUGCUCGAGAGCCCGAGCGUACCACAAGAGUCUUCCAACUGUAUGCCUGAUUGUGACACAGAUGCCUUCAAGAGCGAUUCUGAUGGAUGUCCAGAAUACCUAUGGACGGACGGCCCCUCCGACGAGCCCUUCCAACAUACCGCUUCCCCGCUCGCCCUCACCCUACCUCCGUCGCCGAAUUCAACCCGUUCCAAGUUCGACAAGAUGCGCCGACAGAUCCAUAUCUACAAGGACACCAACAAGGAGAGAUUCUACAGCAAAUGGCUACAGAUCUCGCGCAUGGAAAUACGACAGUUCGAAGGACCCGAAUCGCAAGUGCUGGAUCCGGCUCGCCUUCGGAAUGCCAAAGCGACGAGCCAACAAUGAGAAGAGGACGUUCGGAUCUGAGUGAGGUGCAAAGGCUGUGCUUGCUUACGGAUACACUGUGGGGGUUUCCAGUUUCUAUUUGGUUCGAGAUAUAACCCGAUCCAGGCACUCCUGUUUAGAAUCCUGAGUUACUGCCCGAAUCUUUGAGAAUGUAGCAAGAAUGAAUCGAGACCAUGGCAUCCAUUGCACUGGCAUCAUAUAGCCGCAGCGCACAUUCGAGCAUAUUUCACGCUCAGGCUAUGGAAACUACUCCUG